AUGGUCGGAAUAAAACAAUCGGAUAUAUUAAUAAUAAAAUGUAAUAUACAAAAUGAAAUGCAAUCUUAUAUAAAAAUGCUUGUACAAAAAGCUAUGAAACGAUAUGAAGAAGAAGAAAGAGAAAUUGCUACUUAUAUAAAACUUAAAUUUGAUUCAUAUUAUCAAGAAUAUUGGCAAUGUAUUGUUGGUAAACAUUUCGAUUGUUCAUUAGAAUUUGAAUUAUCACGUUACAUUCUAUUACGUGCAAAGGAUACAUUUAUUUUAUUAUUUCGAUAUAAUUGAAUCAAUUUUUAAAUAAAAUAAAAAAACUAAUUCAUAUUCGGAUUUAAUGUACUUCAUUUGUAG